AUGGAGUCCUCAAAGAUCUAUGCUUACCUCUUCAUUUGCAUGCUCUUUAUCUCCUCUGCUACUCCCAUUCUUGGUUGUGGCUAUUGUGGUAAACCCUCAAAGAAGCAUAAACCUAAAACCCCCAUUGUGAAGAAGCCACCAGGGACUGUGCCUCCAGUUACUGUCCCUCCCAUUUUGAAGCCACCAGUGACUUUGCCUAUCCCUCCAAUUGUGAAGCCACCAAUUACACUUCCACCAAUAGUGAAACCCCCAGUGACUCUCCCUAUCCCUCCGGUUACAGUUCCUCCGGUUCUUAACCCACCAAGCACUGGAGGGAAGCCAUGCCCACCACCUAAAUCUCCAGCACAAGCUACAUGCCCUAUUGACACACUGAAAUUAGGUGCUUGUGUGGAUCUCCUUGGUGGGUUGGUUCACAUUGGUGUUGGAGACCCAGUUGUUAAUGAGUGUUGCCCUGUGCUUCAAGGACUUGUUGAGCUUGAAGCUGCAGUUUGUCUUUGCACCACUCUUAAGGUUAAGCUUCUUAACCUCAACAUCUUUGUCCCACUUGCUCUUCAGCUUCUUGUCACUUGUGGGAAGACUCCUCCUCCUGGUUACACCUGCUCCCUCUAAACCAGUGAAUGGAUUGAGGGAUAUCUGGUCGAAAUCGACAUGAGAGGAUGUCGAGCCAAUCUAUCUUUCUCUCUCUUCU